AUGUCCCACCAGCGCGUGAGGCGCAACGGCUCCCCGACCCCGGCCACCUCCCUGGGGGGAGGAGGCGCGGCGGCGGCGGGUGGCGGAGCGGGAGCGAGCAGCCGCCUCCAGCCCAUGCGGGCCACGGUGCCCUUCCAGCUCAAGCAGCAGCAGCAGCAACAACAUGGCAGCCCCACGAGGAGCGGCAGCGGCGCGAGCGCCCCGGGCGGGGGUCUCCCACGCGCGACGCCCGCCUCGCGCAGCAUCAGCCCCACGCGCGCGGCGCCCACGGGCAGCGGCGGGCGCGGCGGCCCCGCCAUGGCCACGCAGACGCCGGGGGGAGGGGGAAGCAGCGCCGCUGCCUCAGCGGCCGCCGCCUCCUCGCGGGGCAGCCCCACGCGUGCCGGCGGGGCGCGGGGGAGCCCCCCUCGGCCCCACCACCUACCGCCACCUCCCCCCCCGCCGCCGCCGCCGGGUUGCGGGCCCUCACCUUGCUCUUCUCCGGUGCCUCCGCUGCCGGAGGGCAGCGCGACAGCGGCGGGCAGGGUCCGGCACCGGCGGCACUCGCCGGAGCAAGGCAGGAGCUCCCCGGAGAGGAAGAGCCCCAGCUCGCCCGUCUGCAAAGCUGACAAAUCAAGACCACCUUCAUCAAGCCCUUCCAGUAUUAUUCGCCGGACUUCCUCAUUGGAUACACUUGCUGCUCCGUACCUUGCUGGACAGUGGCCUCGUGAUAAUCACGGACAAGCUGCUCCAUGUAUGAGAGACAAAGCCACACAGACAGAAAGUGCCUGGGCUGAAGAAUAUUUAGAAAAGAAGAGAAGCUCACACAAACGUUCAGCAUCAUGGGGCAGCAAUGAUCAACUCAAGGAGAUUGCAAAAUUACGUCAACAAUUGCAGAGAAGCAAACACAGCAGCCGACAUCAUCGCGACAAAGAAAGACAGUCUCCAUUUCAUGGUAACCAUGCAGCCAUUAACCACAGUCAGGCUCCCAUCCCAAAGAGUGCUCUUGUUCCUGUGAUACCUAUUACCAAAUCAACAGGAUCACGAUUCCGAAACAGCGUAGAAGGACUGAAUCAGGAGAUUGAGAUAAUAAUUAAGGAGACCGGAGACAAAGAGGAACAGCUUGUUCCUCAAGAUAUUCCAGAUGGGCACCGUGCACCACCUCCGUUGGUUCAGCGUAGCAGUAGUACUCGCAGCAUUGAUACUCAAACGCCUGGUGGAGCAGACAGGGGUAGUAACAGCAGCAGCCGCUCCCAGUCAAUAUCUCCAACCUCAUUUCUUACUAUCUCUAACGAAGGCAGUGAAGAAAGUCCAUGUUCUACAGAUGAUCUUCUUGCUGAUUCCAGAGAUAAAGAGAAUGGGAAUAAUUCUCCCUUGCCAAAAUACGCUACCUCACCAAAACCCAACAACAGCUACAUGUUCAAGCGUGAACCUCCAGAGGGCUGUGAAAAGGUGAAAGUCUUUGAGGAAAGCUUGCCAAAGCCAUUGCAUGAAAUUCCAGCCUUCUACUGCCCUGACAAGAACAAAGUGAAUUUCAUUCCUAAAAGUGGCUCUGCUUUCUGUCUUGUCAGCAUCCUCAAGCCUCUUCUUCCCACACAGGAUCUCACACUUAAGGGCACUACACACAGCCUGACUGUCUCCUCCAGCAUGACGCCCAGUUUGUUACAGCCCAUUUCUAUGGCCUCUUUGUCAACAAACACAGAUCAAGACAGGAUCUCUCGUGGAACAAGUACAGUAAUACCACAGACCUCUAUACUUCAGCAGACGGGACGUAUUGAGGAAGCUGAAGGAUAG